AUGGGGAAAACACCGAGGGCUUUGUUGCCAACCAUGAAGAUGCUGCUAGAAGGUGAAAAUCAACCAAACAACGCCCAGAAACGGAUUCAAGAAAUCCCGGAGAAAGAGGAAGAGGAUGGAAUUAGUGGGUUGCCUGAUUGCUUGCUUCUUGAAAUCCUCUCUCGUCUACCCUCCACAAAAGAUGCCAUUAGAACAGGUACCCUCUCCAAGCGAUGGGCACAUCUUUGGACUUGUGUACCUACUCUUAUUUUUGCACAUUACAAUCAUCCCUAUCCCUGGUUCAGUUGUAAGUGCUUACGAAAGCCUAACUCAAUUUACGAUUUCGCUCGAUCGGUGGAGAAAACCCUAACUCAAUGUCGCCAGUUGAAGCUCAAGAAAUUCGAACUGCGAACCCAUUAUGAUAUUCGAUUUAAAUCUCUGUUCAAGAAUUGGAUUCGUCAUGCCAUAAGUUGUAACGUUGAAGAGCUUAACUUGGAGUUUAUGUUCCCGGAUGAGUUUUGGUUAGAUCAAUCUAUUUUCAUCAAUUCUUGUUUUACUGAUCUGAAAUUAGUAGGCUGCAAGUUGAAUCCAAAUGGAGCGAUUAGUUGGAAAAAUCUUAAGAGUUUGUAUAUUUCUUAUAUGAAAUUAGAUGAAGACUUGAUUGUAAAUAUAUUAUCUGGAAGUCCUCUAUUGGAAACUUUGGUGUUGGAAGAUUUAGAUGAUUAUACGGGGAUAUAUACUACUUCAGAUGAUUCUUCAGAUGAUGAAUCUGAAGCCAAUAUCAUGAAAACCAAUGCUUCUUAUAGUUUAUCACUAACUCAAUGUCCCCAACUGAAGCUCAAGAAAUUCAAAUUGCUUUCCAAUAAUGAUAUUAAGUUGAAAUCACAACUAAACAGUUGGAUUCUUUAUGCUAUACGGUGUAACGUUAAAGAGAUUUAUUUAAUUUUAUGGACUCCUGAGGGAAUCGAAUAUGAGUUUAUGUUAGAUCAAACUCUUUUCACUAGUUCAUGUUUUACUCAUCUGACAUUACAUAGGUGCAUGGUUAAUCCGAUUGGGGCAAUUAGUUGGAAAAAUCUUAGGAAUUUGUGUGUAUCGAAUGGGAGUUUAGAUGAAGAUUUGAUUAAAAAUAUAUUGUUAGGGAGUCCUGUAUUGGAAACGUUGGAGUUAGAGGAUUGCUUUGGUUACAAGAGGCUCGAUAUUACUUCAAAGAGUGUUAAAAAGUUGGUGAUAUCUGGAUACAAGGAUUUUAAUAUUGAUAGAUCUGAAGAUGAUGUCAUCAAAAUCAAUGCGCCUAAUAUUCGAUCACUAACAAUCCAAAAUGAAAUAAAUUUGUUGAAGAUUUUGUUGGUAGAUGUGUCUUCUUUGGUCAAAGCCGACUUAGAUUAUUAUAUUUGUGAAGGGAUCUGGUAUAACCACACAACUCCUAAAGAAGAGAUGCUUAAAGGAUUUAUAAUGAAUCUUAGCCAUGUCAAGGAAAUUAAAAUCGGGUUAUUUUGUUCUAAGGUUGUUACCUGUUUGCAAGAAAAAGGUUUCAUUUUUCCAUCAAAUGUCAAGUUUCCUCAAGUGGAAGAAGUCACCGAGAGCUUAACUGAUUGGUGGUGAUGCUUUAAGUUCAUGUUUAGGCAUAUUAGUUCUUUUUUCAACUCCAACUGGUUAAAUCUGUUACUCUGAUUACUUUUUUUCUUUUUUCAUUAUCUUGAUUUCUUUUGUUUUACAGCUAGUUAAAUAUUACUAGUUUUUCUUAUCCUAUUAUCUUAUUUUCUCC